AUGGCUCCGCAGUGGCCCAAGAUCCGCGCUUGCAACCCGAAGAGAGCGGAGGAAGAGAGUCGGCGCCAUCGAGAAGAAGAGCCCGCUCAGUUCUUCCUACAGAACAAAUUCGAGGACAUUGUAGCUCGGGGGAGAUGGAUGAAGCUAAAAUCCGCGCCAGUCCACUGGCCAGCUGAGCUGGUUCGAAAGCACGUACAUCCCUGUCAUGUGUUGACCUCAGCGGUCAUUGAGCAGUACAAAGCCAUCAACAAAGUUUGGCUUCUGGAUGCCAAGGAAAUGACCGCCGACAGUCUCGAGUUCGUUGUUUAUGCUGCCACCAUACACGACAGCAAGUUGCUCGGCCGAGACCGACUGGAAACGGCGUGCAGAAGUAUCCGCCAUCAUAUCGAAAUCGCGCUCCUGGUGUUACGACCACCAACGGAGCAGCGGGCAAUCGUCCUGGAUGUAGCGCCCGGCAGUAUAGUCACUUUGAGAGCCCCACCCCCUGGAUCGCGAGCCAUCUUAUCAUCCCCACACGCGUCCCUCCCGUACAAAGCCAACUGGCGGUCUGUCGACCUGUCGACCUCUGUCAAGCAAGGAAUUCGCAACGACCUAAACCACGAGCUCGUCCUUCUGCAGUACAAGGUCGGGCGAUACGACAUGUCCAUUACGUUUGGCGCCCUCCUCCUCAAGGACAUCCGCAAUGAGCCCGCAACGCUCGCUGAUGUCGGGAUGAGACGCGACGCCCUGAACAGGCAGUAA